AUGCUCUCCGAUGCUUCGGCUGCUUCUCUUAUGGCUUACAGAGAGGAACCAGCAGCAGCAGCAGCACUAUCUUCUCCAGCUUCGGUGUUGAUGAACAUGGGGCAAACCCUAACCCACAUUCAGAGUGGAGUGAUCAAGAAGAGGAAAGCCGGGAGGAAGAAGUUCACCGAGACUCGCCACCCGGUGUACAGAGGCGUCAGGCAGAGGAGCGGCAAGUGGGUUUGCGAAAUGAGGCAACCGGAUCUCAAGAAGUCUCGGGUUUGGCUCGGGACCUUUACUUGUCCUGAAAUGGCUGCUAGGGCUUAUGAUGUAGCAGCUCUUUCUCUGAGAGGUGAAUCUGCUGAGCUAAACUUUCCAGAGGAAGCUAAGGCUUCUCCUUCUUCGACUUCGAGUAUGUCAUUGCUGGAGUUGACGAGUAUGGUGAACUUGGAGAACGUAGAAGUAGAGUCGAGGUCCUCAAGGAUAGGGUAUGUGGAUGAGGAGGAGUUGUUUAACAUGCCGGAGUUACUUGACAGUUUGGCUGAGGGUUUGAUUCUCACUCCCCCAGCCAUGCAAAAAGGUUUUAACUGGGAUGAUUAUGAUUUGGAGAAUGCCGUAGAGUUUUCUCUGUGGAGUGAUGAUUAA